AUGUGAAGCACUGAAAAUGUUUAACUGCAUCGGUUUUGGCGAUCACAAAAAACAUGACACAGCGCUUGGCAGCGUCCAAAGAAGCUGCGGCGAGGAAAGCUGCCUCCCCGAUGCCACCCUCCGAGUUCCUGGACAAACUCAUGGGCAAAGUUUCGGGUUACGAUGCCAGAAUUCGACCGAAUUUUAAAGGUCCGCCUGUAAACGUAACCUGCAACAUUUUUAUCAACAGUUUUGGGUCCAUCGCUGAGACAACAAUGGACUACAGAGUGAACAUCUUCCUGAGACAGCAGUGGAACGACCCUCGGCUGGCCUACAGCGAGUACCCCGACGACUCGCUGGACCUGGACCCCUCUAUGUUGGACUCCAUCUGGAAACCGGAUUUGUUCUUCGCCAACGAGAAGGGGGCAAACUUCCACGAGGUCACCACCGACAACAAGCUUCUACGCAUCUCUAAAAACGGCAACGUGCUCUACAGCAUACGAAUAACACUGAUUCUGGCCUGUCCAAUGGAUCUGAAGAACUUCCCCAUGGAUGUGCAAACCUGCAUCAUGCAGUUAGAGAGCUUCGGCUACACCAUGAACGACCUCAUAUUCGAGUGGGACGAGAAGGGAGCCGUGCAGGUGGCCGACGGCCUGACGCUGCCUCAGUUCAUCCUGAAGGAGGAGAAAGACCUGCGCUACUGCACCAAGCACUACAACACAGGUAAAUUCACCUGCAUCGAGGCUCGUUUCCACCUGGAGCGUCAGAUGGGUUACUACCUGAUCCAGAUGUACAUCCCCUCUCUGCUCAUCGUCAUCCUGUCCUGGGUUUCCUUCUGGAUCAACAUGGACGCCGCGCCCGCCCGGGUGGGUCUGGGCAUCACCACUGUGCUGACCAUGACCACACAGAGCUCUGGUUCCAGAGCCUCCCUGCCAAAGGUGUCCUACGUAAAAGCCAUCGACAUCUGGAUGGCCGUGUGUCUGCUCUUCGUGUUCUCUGCUCUGCUGGAGUACGCCGCCGUCAACUUCAUCGCCCGCCAACACAAGGAGCUGCUGCGCUUCAGACGGAGGCGACGACACAUGAAGGAGGAUGAGACAGGCGAGGGGCGCUUCAGCUUCCCUGGCUACGGCAUGGGCCCCGCCUGCCUGCAGGCCAAAGACGGCAUGGCCAUCAAGGGGAACAACAACAACGCCCCCACCACCGGCUCGGUCCCGCCCGAGAAGAGCAUCGAGGAGAUGAAGAAGCUGUUCAUCGGCCGGGCCAAGCGAAUCGACACGGUGUCCCGCGUGGCCUUCCCGCUCGUCUUCCUCAUUUUUAACAUUUUCUACUGGAUCAUAUACAAGAUCAUCCGCAGUGAGGACAUCCACAAGCAGUAGUGGAGAGGAAGAGGAGGAGGAGGAGGAGGAGGAGGGCGAGGACAGGAGGGAAUAAAAACAGAGGAAAGAAACAGAGAGAUGACUUCAAUGGGAGAUUUCAUUGCAACCUUUUUUCACGCCAAACCACGCCUCCUUCCCUCGUCUCCUCCUUCAUCCUCAUCCUUUUACGGUGGAGGAUGAGUCGCUUUUUGUGGCAGUCGCCCCUCUCCAACCCGACGCCCGACACCUAUUUGAGAUAUUUACGAUUACGCUUUCUUUUCCCGUUCCCCCCCGUCCCCCAUAGUCCCGCCCUCAUCCCGUCUCUUUACACCUCCUGAAUAAUCCGGACCAGUGCAAUAGCAAUGCAGUAAAAUGCAUGAUAUAUGAAUGUGGCAAUAUAUUAAUGAAAAGAUGAC